AUGAGUGCGACGGAUGGAGGAGAUGGUAUAAGUGUGACGGAUGGAGGAGACGGUAUGAGUGUGACGGAUGGAGGAGUUCGUGUGAGUGUGAGGGAUGGAGGAGACGGUGUGAGUGUGACGGUACGUGGAGACGGUAUGAGUGUGACGGAUGGAGGAGAAAGUGUGAGUGUGACGGAUGAAGGAGAUAGUGUGAGUGUGAGGGAUGGAGGAGACGGUAUGAGUGUGACGGAUGGAGGAGAUAGUGUGAGUGUGAGGGAUGGAGGAGAUUGUGUGAGUGUGACGGAUGAUAAAGGUGGUAUGAGUGUGACGGAUGGAGGAGAUAGUGUGGGUGUGACGGGUGGAGGAGACGGUAUGAAUGUGGCGGAUGGAGGAGUGGUAUGA